GUCACCCCACCUUCUCCUUCGCGCAGGCGAGCUUGUGCGCAUGCGUGGAAUAUUCGAUCGCUGGUGGUGUUGCUAAGCUAGCGGCUAAGCCGAAGCCAACAUGGAGAGGAAAGUUUUGGCACUUCAGGCGAGGAAGAAGAGGGGUAAAGCAAAGAAGACCACCAAAAAGCAGCCAGUGAAUGCCAGGACACGACAGCAGCCCCAGCAAGAAGCCUCUCCUCAGGAGCCUGAAGAACCUGAAGAGAUUCUCGGCUCGGAUGACGAAGAGCAGGAGGAUCCUAAUGACUACUGCAAAGGUGGCUAUCACCAUGUGAAAGUAGGAGACCUUUAUAACGGAAAAUACCAUGUUAUCCGGAAACUGGGCUGGGGACACUUCUCUACUGUUUGGCUCGCCUGGGACAUCCAGGUGAAGAGGUUUGUUGCAAUGAAAGUGGUGAAGAGUGCAGAGCAUUACACAGAGACGGCAGUGGAUGAGAUCAAACUCCUCAGAUCUGUACGAAACUCCGACCCCAAUGAUCCCAACCGGGAGAUGGUGGUGCAGAUGCUAGACGACUUCAAGAUCUCUGGUGUCAAUGGAACUCAUGUCUGCAUGGUGUUUGAAGUGUUGGGGCAUCACUUACUGAAGUGGAUAAUAAAGUCCAAUUACCAGGGGCUGCCACUGCCAUGUGUGAAGAGCAUCAUAAAGCAGGUACUUCAAGGCCUGGACUACUUGCACACAAAGUGUCAGAUCAUCCACACAGACAUCAAGCCAGAGAACAUCCUGAUGAGUGUUGAUGAGCCGUAUGUCCGAAAGCUUGCAGCAGAGGCCACAGAGUGGCAGAAGGCUGGGGCGCCACCUCCUUCUGGUUCAGCAAUAAGCACAGCACCUAUUCCAAAACAGACAGUAAAAAUGUCUAAGAACAAAAAGAAGAAGUUAAAAAAGAAGCAGAAGCGUCAAGCAGAACUGUUGGAAAAGUGCAUCAUGGACCUAGAGAAAAUGGAAAAGACCACAGACAUUCAAGAGGAGGAAGAUGAUGAAGAUGAGGAUCCGCAGUCUCCCAAGGGACGGGUGUGUGCUCCUCUCAGACAGGUCUCUCUUCAGGAUCUAGGACAUACGGAAACAGGGGAGACCAGUGAUCAUACAGAUUUUUUGAGAGUGGGACCAGAGGGGCUGUCGGAGUUGAACUGUAAUGGUCAUGUAGAGGUGGAGCAGAGACAGUCACAGUGGAGGGACGAGGACCAACACAAUGGCAAUGCAGAUCCUACUGAGAAGUGUGCCAGACAGGAGGAGCAGCACAAGGAGUUGCCGGUGCACCACACCUGCAACGGUGUGGACUGUGCUGACCUCAAUGAGCUGGGCACAGAGACAGAAAGCAGGCGAGCUCAAAGCAAUCCAGUUGCUGAAAUACUCCUUCCUGCUGGCCUGGAGGAGGGAGAGUUGGAGCAAAGCAUUUUGCAGGAGGAGGGAGAAGAUGGGACUGCCUAUCAAUACAGAACAGACGAAAGUCUGGGAAAUGGCAAGCCGUCAGCAGGAGAACUGCUAGUUAACCCCCUUGAGCCACUGAAUGCAGACAACAUCAAGGUCAAGAUUGCAGACUUGGGAAAUGCCUGCUGGGUGCACAAGCACUUUACAGAAGACAUACAGACACGGCAGUACCGCUCCUUAGAGGUGCUCAUCGGUGCUGGAUACAGCACACCAGCCGAUAUGUGGAGCACAGCCUGCAUGGCUUUUGAACUUGCCACAGGGGAUUAUUUGUUUGAACCACAUUCUGGGGAAGAUUAUUCCAGGGAUGAAGACCAUCUUGCACUCAUGAUUGAGUUGCUUGGUAAAAUCCCCCGUCACUAUGCUCUGAGUGGGAAAUACUCACAGGAAUACUUCACCAAGAGAGGUGACUUGAAACACAUCACAAAGCUGAAGCCCUGGGGACUGCUGGAGGUUCUGGUCGACAAGUACGAGUGGCCCCGAGAAGAAGCUGAGAGUUUUACUGACUUCCUGCUCCCUAUGCUGGAGCUCAUCCCCGAGAAGAGAGCCACCGCUGCCGAGUGCUUGCUCCACCGUUGGCUCACACUCUAGUGGAGGCUUCCAGCCCUUGCACCUUCCUUCCAUCCUUUCUCCAGAGACUGCAACAGAUCACUUUCCAGUUUGGGCAUAUCAAAUGAAUAUUUAUUUCCAUUUAUUUCCUUUGGAUUUCUCAUGUUUUUGUUAUUGGGCUAAUGCCCCUGUGUAUGUUUGCUUUGUAUUUGUUGGUUCUUCUGUUGGUGUUGAUGACGUCGGGAAUCAAGUGGAUUAUAUUUGUGGUUGCGUUGGCUCCAACUGCUGUGCUCAGUUCACCCAUCCCGCUAAGCAAACCUGUUAUUGUAAUGCUGGUGACUCAUCCUUGCUUGUUACACUCCUGCACUAAAACCCCAAACAAACCAAGGAUAUGUAGCCUUUAUUGGUCAUUUUGACCCCUUUUAAAAGGACUCACUUUCACUUUUCUUUUCCAAGUUUAUUCCUCAUAGUUUCAUUCGUGCUGUGGCCCUUUUUUUUUUUAAUGAAUUAUGUUAUAUCCUAUUGCAUAUGUAAGGUAAACAUUUUGUAUUUGUAAAGUAGGUUUAGAAAGUUGCACACUGAGCUCACAUUUACACUGACUGCAGUAACGUUAACAGCAUUUCUCCUUACAGACUAAUUUCUUACCGAGACGUCCACUGUCUGAUUUAGUAGGUCAUUAUUUGGCCCUAAAAAGUCAGCUGUCACCUGGUAUUUACUGUGGAUAUUUAGAGUAAAUGAGAUCUUUCAUUAGCAUGGGAGGCUGGUAUUCUCAUACACCUACAAUUCAGGAAUAUAGUGUUUUAAAGGUUUCAACAAAUACAUUUUAAGAAGCCCACUUUAAAAGGAAAAAAAUAAGUGAAAACAAACUGUAUAUAUCUGUACCAAAGAGUUUGCCUUUAUGUAUAUUACAGUUAUGUACAGUUUCUAACAAAUCUUAUAUCUUAGCUAAAAUUAUUUAGCUGGGUAGCUGUGUUUUAAUAAAAUUGUAUGGAAGA